UUCCACUUUGCUGGUGGGGCAGAUAUUUUUUUCCUCUCUGUGAUGGCCUAUGACAGAUACCUUGCAAUAGCCAAACCCUUGCACUAUGUGACCAUUAUGAGGAGAGAGGUGUGGGUGGUCUUGGUGGUGGCCUCCUGGGUGGGUGGUGCUUUGCAUUCAAUUGCCCAGAUAAUUCUGAUGAUUCCACUCCCCUUCUGUGGCCCCAACAUCCUGGAUGCCUUCUACUGUGAUGUGCCCCAGGUGGUCAAACUGGCCUGCACGGACACCUUUGCUUUGGAGCUUCUUAUGAUCUCUAACAAUGGACUGGUGACCCUGCUUUGGUUCCUUCUGCUGCUGGUCUCCUACACCAUCAUUCUGGUGCUGCUGAGAUCCCACCCUGGUGAGGGGCGGAAGAAGGCCCUCUCUACCUGCACCUCCCACAUCCUGGUGGUGACGCUUCACUUCAUGCCUUCCGUUUACAUCUACUGCCGGCCCUUCAUUACCCUGCCCAUAGACACAGCCAUAUCCAUUAAUAACACGGUCAUCACCCCCAUGCUGAACCCAUUGAUCUAUACCCUGAGGAACCAACAAAUGAAGUCAGCCAUGAGGAGACUGCAGAAGAGGCUUGGACCUUCUGAGAGCAGUAAACUGGGGUGA